AUGAGUGGGCCAGGGAUUUCCAAUCAGGAUAACUUUGAGGACUUUUUGUUGAGUAACCAAUUUUAUGUGGGACCAUCAAAUUCCCGGAACCAUAUCACCAACUUGAGAAAGUCGGUACAGAUACCAAAUUCAAUGUCGAAUACAUCGAUUCAUGCUGGAUUGACGAACGACCCGGCGAGUGUAAACCAACAGAGAACCAGUAUUAUGAAGGUGUCACCAUCGAUGAAAGCUUUGGAAAGCAUUCUUUCGGAAAAGAAUAAUUCGGCGCCGGCCAUGACUUCAGAAAGAAUUGUAGAGGAAGAUGAAGACCAAGGACAAUUUCCCCCUAGUUCGGGGUUGUCGGUAAACUAUACUACCGAAGAUCCAAAUCGAGGGUCGACGUACUCGGUGCAAACUUUCGAAACGGCUCAUUCUGGAAAUUCGUUUAGUGAUACUAUUAAUAUGAAUGCUAACGAAUCACUUCAUAAAAGCCAAAAGUCCAUGAGUACGAUUGACGAUGGGUAUAACACUAACGAUGAUACACCGGUUCUCGUGAAUCCGGCACAAUUUCAAACAUUCACGCAGGUCAAUGGAUCUAACAAGAAUUCAAUACAUCCAAUUAGAGUUGUACAUGAAUCGUCCGUAGAAGACUUUGACGGACAAUCGACAGACGUAUCAAAUGGAACCUUAGAUAAUAAAGACAUUGAACAGGAUGAUACAUUAGUAGGAAACGAAGGAGUACUCAAAAGUCAGUACGAGCAACAACAGCAAAAGCUCAAGCAGAAGCAAAAGGAUUUGCUUGAAGAACAAAGAAUUCAAAGAGAGUUGCAACAAAAGCAGGCGGAGGUUCAAGAGUUAAAGAAACAGAGGGAUGCCCAAGAGCAAAGGAAACAAAAGGAAUUGUUUGAACUUGAAGAAAGAAAGCAACAUGAACAACAAACUACAAAUCCGGUUUCUAGUUUAUUGCUUCCUGACACAGGCAAAGUGGUGAAGAAGCCAGCUGUAAAACAAGAAACAUAUUCUUCGAUUAAUACUACUACCGCUAAUCCCGAACCGUUGAAGAGAUCUCCCCAUACUAGAUCUAAUUCGACGUUUUCCUUGUCAUUUACAAAGAACAAAGAACAACCCCCAUUACCAGGAACUCACAAGAGAAGUAGCACAUUUAGUGAUUUAUCAGCCGUUUCUAAAGGUGCCGAGAAACCUCCAACAGCAAAGAAAUUUAGCUUCAAGAACUUAUUUAAAUCCAGAUCCAAGACUACCAAAAAUCAAGAUGAUGACUUAGUGUCAAAGCCAAGAAAGUUAAGUUCAAAGUCAUAUUCAACUCCAAAUAUCGCAAGCUUCAACAAUGAACCAGAUACGAUAGAAGGAGUGAAGAAAAUGCCAACGACAAACAAGAAUAAAAACAGUGAAAAGAUGGUAUCAGGCUCUUAUGAUAAGCAGUCCUCAUUACCUCAACCACCACAAGAAAAACCUUCUCAUAAACCUUCAAUGUCUUCAAGCGCCUCGCUUUUAAGCGUUUUCAAGAAAGAUAAAACGUCUGAAAAUUCAUCAAAGCCGAUCAAAUCAGAAAACCAAGAACAAGUAUCGAAGAAGGCAAAACCUAAUCAAAAUGACGAGGAAGAGGAAGAAGAAGAAGAAGAAGAAGUUAUCCCAACUACUAAUUUCUUGAAUAAAAAUCCAUCCAACUCAAUUCCAAAUGUGAACUUUAUCAGAGAAGUUAAUGAUGAUGAUUACAAUUCAAAUACAAAUUAUCCAACACCAACAAUUACUGAAACCAAUUAUGAUAGCAGUUAUGAUAACAAUUAUGAUAACAAUAAUGAUAUAAUUAAUGACCGUAAGUCUCAAACAUUAAAGUCUAAGGAGGUUGAUGCCACUAAUGAAGAAUUGUUUAUACCAGAGGGUGAUACUUUGUUGAAUAAUGAUAGCUUGUUUGGAUCACCAUUUAAGGUUGAUUACAAGCCUUCAACGAAUACUCCUAAAUUAGAAACCCCUCAUGAUAAAUUAACAAGCCUUAGUAAGGAAGAGAAGCUGAAGGCGAAACCAGAUGUAAAUGACCAAUUACUAGGCGAAACCCUUUUUCCAAAAUCAUUGAGUGCACAGGAAGUAGAGAGUAUUGUUUCUUUAGAAAGAUCAAGAUCUAUGAGAUCAAUAAAAUCCAAUAAAAGAAACUCAUUUGUUAAUUACGAUGGGAGUGAUGAGAACAUUAUUCAUUAUGACGGCACUAUAACAAAUUCCCCAACUUUAGAUUCCACUAAUAUGAGCAGAUCGAAUAGUAUCCUCAAGAAUUCUAACUCAAAGAAAAACUUAAAUGUCGAAAACAUGAAUUCAAUUAACGCCCAGAUGCUCAAUGAUGAAUCUAUGGAAAAUUAUGACGAUCUUAUCGAGUUUACAGAUUAUAUCGACCUUGAUAAUUUGGAUUUUUCUAUUUCUCCAAAGGAAGUAGUCGAAAAAUCACCAGUAAUCAUGUCUUCGUCUCCUUCUUUACUUUCGGAAAAAUUCGAUCUGUUUCAACAAAGGAAUCAACAGCCAUUAGUGAAUGGAUAUGCUGAUAAUAGACUUAAUGGCUCAUCAGACAAGGAAUUUGACAGUAGUUCCAUCCAAGAGAUUUUACCUCCAGUAGGAUAUGUAAGACCUUCUGAGGCUCCACCAAUAAUUUUAAACACACCACCCCCCAGCCAAGACGAUGAUCCGAAACAGCAUAUACUCUUAUCCCCAACUGAUGAAGAACAAGCAAAAAUUCCCGUUGAAAAAAUUGAUUCUAAUGAACCUGUUCAAGGUCCUUUAACUCCUAAUUUGGAAAUUAUUAAUUCUACUCAAAUUCCAGAAUCCCCAGAAUCAAUCAACGAGGCCGAACCAGCUAAUUUAAUUGAAAAAUCCCCUAUCUUGGCAGCCUCAUACCAUAACUCGCCCAUGAUAAAUGAGAACGGCAAAAACAUAAUGAAUAAUAGACCGAUAUCGAUGUCAUUCAGGGGACUUAAAGGACCAUCUUUUGGUGGGAAGUUAGCAAUGCAUGAUUUAAGAAGUUCUGAUUCUCACCAAUCAUUCAACAUGUCUUUUGGAGAUGAGGAGGAUGAAGAGGAAAAUUCACAUGAAGCACCAACUUCCGAAGUAGGUGGUGGGUUUGGAUCAAGUGAUGAAGAGGACGAUGAUUCCUUCGACAGAGUUGAUGAUGAGGAAAAUGAAUACAGUAACCCAGUGGUUGCACACCAACAAGUAUCGUCGAAAUUCGGCCAAGAGAAUAACUUCUCUCCAUUGGCCCCUCCUCAUCCGUUACCAAUAUUCACCCAUAACAAGAUACCACUGAUCUCGAGUAACAGUUCGAGUCCUAAAUCGUUUAGUUCAAUGUUUUCUCGCAAAUUUAAGAAAUCGCCUACUAUACAAAGUAGCGCAAGAGCUGCCGCAAUUAAAGAUGGGGUUAGAUUCUCAUCGAGAAUUAUCUUGUAUGAUACCUACAACUGCGAUGAAUACGACAGGCAUCCAGACAAUGCUACUUGUAAUCAAUUGACUCCAGCAUUGGCUCAACAAAUCAAGGAUGAGUUGAAUGAUUUCAAGAGCGAAAUGUCAAUCCAUGAACAUUCCCGUUGUCACACACAUUUCUUCUAA